UUCCUGCCCCUUGAUCUCCAGGUGCUGAUCCAGAAGGUUGUCUGGAGUGCUUAGAGCAAGGACACUUAGUGUGCCAUGCUGUGCCGUCUGCCAUCCAGGCUGUUAGCCAGAAUGUGGAGCAGGACUUCAGAGAAGCAGUCAUGGAGGGACAGCAGUCAGACCCCUUCCCCAUGUCUUAUUCAUAGGCUUGACCACAUCGUGAUGACAGUAAAGAGUAUCAAAGAUACCACCACGUUUUACUCCAAGAUUCUGGGCAUGGAGGUCAUAACCUUCAAGGGAGACCGGAAAGCACUGUGUUUUGGAGACCAAAAAUUUAACCUCCACGAGGUGGGAAAGGAAUUUGAACCCAAAGCUGCUCACCCAGUUCCUGGCUCCCUGGACAUAUGUCUCAUCACAGAGGUGCCUUUGGAGGAAAUGGUCCUGCACCUCAAGGCUUAUGAUGUUCCCAUUGAGGAGGGUCCAGUCCCCAGAACUGGAGCAAAAGGGCCCAUUAUGUCCAUCUACUUCCGAGACCCUGACAGAAACCUGAUUGAGGUGUCCAACUAUAUCUCCCCGUGAUUGAGGCUGGCACUCCUACGCUCUGCUCCUUGCAAUGUUGCCCUCUUCCUCCCUCCAGGACCUUGCCCAGGCCCAGGGACCUCCAAGGACUAAGGACUUAGGCACUUCACACAUCCUGCUGGGGGAACCUGAGAUGGGUUUGAGACCAAACCUAUAUGUCUGAAUGUCCUUCCAAGCUGCUCCAAUCAAUGAAUAACCUUUCAAU